AUGAAUUCAACACACAGGAACUCUUUUGACUAUUUCAUUAUUGUGGGAAUUUCAGAUGUUCCAGAGAUGCAGGUCCCAAUCUUCCUUAUGGUUCUGUCCAUAUAUCUUAUAACGUUUGGUGGUAACAUGACCAUUCUAUGUUUGGUUUGCCUGGAUCAUCACCUUCACACUCCUAUGUAUUUCUUCUUGGCUAACCUCUCUAUUCUGGACAUGGCUUCCUCCACUGUGACAUUGUUUAGGAUUCUUGCUAGUUUCAUUACAGGGAACACCAUGGUUUCAUACCCGGCUUGCAUACUACAGCUGUAUAUUUGGGCAUCGUUAAUUGGACUUGAACUCUUGAUAUUGACUGCCAUGAGUUAUGAUCGAUAUGUGGCCAUAUGUAAUCCACUGAACUACCACAUGGUCAUGAAUCACAAAGUGUCUGCUCUUUUGGCUGCAGUCUGCUGGUUGUGGGCUUUUCUUGAAUGUCUACCACACACCGUUAUCAUUAUUAAGUUUUCUUGCUACAAGUCUAACAGGAUAAACCACUUUUUUUGUGACAUUCUUCCACUUAAGAAUCUUACUUGCAGCAGCACAACACUUUUGAGUCAACUGAUUCUGGCUAGUGUGCUCUUUCAUUUGUUUUUCUCAUUCCCCUUGACUUUCAUACCGUAUGUUUUCAUAAUUACCACCAUACUGAAGAUCCCUUCCAGUGUUGGCAGACACAAAGCAUUCCACACAUGUUCCUCACAUCUGACAGUGGUCAUUCUACUCUAUGUGGUCCUUCUCUGUCAGUAUAUGAAACCAAACCAAGAAGCUCAAUUGAACUCCAAUAAACUUUUUUCUCUGUUCAACACAGCUGCUGUCCCCAUGCUAAAUCCAUUAAUUUAUAGCUUAAAAAAUAAAGAUGUUAAGUUAGCACUUAGACGAGAGUUAAAGAAAAUUAGGGUGUUCCUUAAGUAUGAUAAGUUAAACUAA